AUGCCUGAUACGUUGCAAGAGGAAGUUUUCGUAGAAAUAUCGCAACUCGUCCAAAGUGCUCUUGAUGGUUAUAAGGUUAUUUUACCUGUGGAAAUAUUGUUUUGCAUUUUUGCCUAUGGGCAAACAGUUUCGGGUAAAACCUAUACCAUGAUGGGAAAACCGGGUCAACCAAAUGAGAAGGGAUUAAUACAACAUUCGCUAGAACAAAUAUUUCAAACUAAGCAAGCUCUUCAGCCUCAAGGCUGGAGAUACGAAAUGCAGGUCUCGAUGUCAGAAAUCUACAAUGAAACCGUUCGUGAUUUGUUAUCACCAAUCUGGGAUUCAUCACGAAUCGAAAACGGUCCUGCUGGAAAGAAAUAUACAAUUAAACAUGAUGCAAAUGGAAACACACAAGUUUCAGAUCUUACCAUUGUGGAUGUUCAAAGUAGCAGAGAGGUUGCGUAUCUUUUAGACCGAGCUGCUCAUAGCAGAUCUGUUGGGAAAACUCACAUGAACGAACAAUCAUCAAGAAGUCAUUUUGUUUUCACCAUACGAAUAACUGGUGUUAAUGAGACCACUGAGAAACAAGUACAAGGUGUCUUGAAUCUAAUCGAUCUCGCUGGAAGUGAGCGUCUUUCCAAGAGUGGCUCAACAGGAGACCGGUUAAAAGAGACUCAAGCAAUUAAUAAAAAUCUAUCAUCUUUAGCCGAUGUUAUAUUUGCAUUGGCAAAAAAGGAGGAUCACGUACCGUUUAGGAACUCAAAGCUUAAUUAUCUUCUUCAGCCGUGUCUGGGAGGAGACUCAAAGACUCUGAUGUUCGUAAAUAUAUCUUCGAAGCCAUCCUCAACAGGUGAAUCCCUCUGCUCGUUACGUUUCGCAGCCAGGGUUAAUGCUUGUGAGAUAGGGACUCCACGAUGGCAACUCAACAUGAAGGCUUCAGAUUAUCGUCUAAGCUAUGGCUGAUCUUUCUUUUGUGUUGCUUUACCUAAAUCUAUGUUUUGCUAGUAGUAGUAGAUUGAAAAAAUUGAGUGGUUCUAACAUAAAAGCGAGGUGUAAUCUGUAUAAUUGAUCAUUGCACUUGUAUUUUGUUUAGUUGUUCCUGUGUUACUUGAUUUCUUCAACAUUCCCACAUAUUACGUUAAAUACAACAUUGGAAUCACAUUAUUUAUUAUUAUUUCUUUCAACUUU